AUGUCAACGGUGGACAAAGAUACAUUGUCAACACAUUACCACCCAGGACAACGAAAAAAACGCAUGAAUCCUGUUGAUGUUGAGAUUUUAAAGAUUUUGCAGAAUACAAAUGAAGUGCAGAAGAGCAACUCGCCUGAGACAAAAAGGCUAAUUCCAUCGGACGAAGAUGAAGCUUUCUUAGUCUCCGUAUUACCAUCUAUAAAAAGAUUAUCAGAAGAUGAUAAAAUAGAAUUUAGAAUACAUGUGAUGCAGUUAUUAAGGAACUACACUAAUCGCCUGCGUAUGGUACAACAUUCUACUCCUACAGAUAUGGGCACCACAUUGAUAGUUGAAUAUGAGAAUCCUCAAGCUAGUACUUCUGCUGUCUGUAUUAAUAUUGUGGAAGAAUCAGAAACUGAUUUUGAAAACAUAUAA